AGCUAUAUUUAGGAUAUGAGAGGACUUGCCUAUAGAGAAUCAGUGGCUUGGGGGAUUCAGCGAGCAACACACGCUAAGCCACUCACGUAUCCCGACUGACCGGCGAAGGAAGCUAAAAACAAGAUGUCCGACGAGGAAUAUUACGAGGAGGAGGAAGUUUCCAAUACCUCUAAGAAGGGAGAUGGAAACUUCUUGAAGGCCCGCCAGGAGGCUAAGAAGGGUGAGCUGGACGAACAGCUGAGGGAGUACAUCAACGAAUGGAGGAAACAACGAGCCAAGGAGGAGGAGGAGCUAAAGAGGUUAAAGGAAAAGCAGGCCAAGAGGAAGGAGAUCAGAGCAGAACAGGAGAAGAAGUUGGCUCAACAGAAGAAGGAAGAAGAAGAAAGAUUGAGGAAGGAAGAAGCAGAGAAGAAAGCAAAGGAGGCUGAAGAGAAGAGGAAGAGGCUGGAGGAGGCCGAGAAGAAGAGACAGGCAAUGAUGCAGGCACAGAAGGAGAAACAGCAGGCUGGAGGACCAGGGAAAGGAGGUCAAAAGAAAACCGACGGAGGGAUGUCAAAUGUGCAAGAUGCUCGGCGAGAGAUGACUAAAACCAAAGAACAGUUGGAGGAAGAGAAGAAAAUAUCUCUCAGUAUUAGAAUCAAACCAUUAGAGCUUGAUGGAAUGGACUCUGACUUCUUAAAGCAGAAGGCUAGCGAGCUCUGGGAGUUAAUUAUUAGACUCGAGACAGAGAAAUACGAUCUAGAGGAGAGACAAAGACGACAGGACUACGAUUUGAAAGAACUCUCUGAGAGACAGACACAACGACUUCGGUUGAAAGCUGUCAGGAUGGGUUUACACGCGGAGGCUCUCACCGGAAAAUAUCCUCCGAAGAUACUAACAGCGUCGAAGUUUGAACGACGGGCAGAUAAUAAAACUUAUGACGAUAAGCUAAGAUUAUUCGACGGGGGUUGGGAGAUCCUUUACUGCGAAAUCCUUGAGAAGGAUUGGAAGGAGAAGUUUGAGGAUUGGGGAAAGAAAAAUAACAAAGCCAAGCUUCCUAAAUGGUUCGGAGAGCGUCCUGGUAAGAAGCCUGGAGACCCCGAGUCCCCUGAUGAUGAAGAUGAAGGACCAGCUGAAGUACCCCCAGGCGCUGAGGAGGAGGAGGAGGAAGAUGAGGAAGAAGAGGAAGAGGAAGAAGAAGAAGAAUAAACUAACAAUGAUGAAACAAAAUAUCCAUAUUUUUGGACAUUCCCCAGCCCUAAUCAACAAGAGCAAGAACAGUCAGUACGGUGCCCGGUGAGGGGGGGGGGCACCACCCAAAACAAGAGAGGUGGGGGAUCAACAGCCCCCCUAACCCACACAAUUUGUGAUACAGACCCAAAAAUUUAUCAAAAAUAUUUGUUAUUUGUGUGAUUGGAUGAAAUAUAUGUAAAGGAUUAUAUGUCCUUAAACAAAAUAAAUAUGAGAAAUUGCAAAUUUUAACAAUUGUUCGUCACCGCCAGCAAUAUUGAUCAAGGGUUUUAAUUCUGUCAGGUUUUUUUGUCGUUCAGCCCAACAGAUGGAAAAAUCUUUAAGAAUUGUUUUUGACCCAAAUAAAUGUUUUUUAAAAA